AUGGAUUCUCUGUCGCAAGCCCCGGUUUUCGAGUUUCGAGAGGCGAUUCUCUCAGCUAUAUCUUUGCUUGCUGGUUUGCUCCCUCAAAGCUUUCUAAUGUGGUUCAGGCGCAUAUAUGGUGUCCUGACUCUUGCUACUUAUGUCACUCUGACUAAGUCAACUCCCCCCGGCUUUCCGAGCUCGGGGAACGGCCUAUGGUACACAACACCAGCUACCUUAUGGGCCAAACAAAUGUUGCCUAUUGGUAAUGGAUAUCUGGCCGCAAUGAUACCGGGUGGAAUAUUCCAGGAAGUUACUCAGCUCAAUAUCGAAUCAUUAUGGCAAGGUGGCCCAUUACAAGAUCCAUCUUAUAAUGGUGGUAACAACCUGCCUUCACAACAGGCACAAAUGGCUCAAGACAUGCAAUCCAUCCGCCAGUCCAUUUUUGCCAGCCCUAAUGGGACAAUAAACAACAUCGAAGAAAUAUGCACACCCCCUGGAGACUACGGCUCGUAUUCCGGGGCUGGGUACUUCAUAUCUACACUUAACAAUACCGGAACAACAUCAAACUAUGGAAGGUGGCUAGAUCUCGACGAAGGAGUAGCUCGAACCACUUGGUCUCAGGGAUCUAGCAUAUUUUCACGUGAAGCAUUUUGUUCUCACCCCGCUCAAGCAUGUGUGCAAUAUGUUAAUACUAGUGGCCAAGCAUCUCUACCGACCGUUACUUAUGCCUUCUCCGUGUCUCAAGAGACUGGACUUCCAGCCCCGAACGUAACUUGCUUGGACAACGCCACACUAAAUAUCAGAGGUUAUGUAACCAAUCCAGGCAUGAUGUAUGAGAUUAUUGGAAGGGUGCAGGCCUCUAAUGGCACUGUGUCAUGCAACGUUGUUUCUGGGUCCACUCCUACAAAUGCCACAGUUAGCGUUUCAGGGGCCUCAGAAGCGUGGAUCACCUGGGUAGGCGGAACAAACUACGACAUUGACGCAGGAGACCUGGCCCAUAAUUUCACCUUCCAAGGCGUUGAUCCCCACAGCAACCUCGUAUCGCUUGUUUCAUCUGCGACGUCUAAUUCCUAUACCGAGUUGCUUUCGGAGCACAUUGCGGAUUAUACAUCAUUGAUUUCGCCUUUCUCUCUUUCUUUGGGACAGACUCCUGAUUUAUCCACACCUACGGAUCAGAUCGUGGCUUCAUAUCAAACAUAUGUGGGCAAUGCAUAUUUAGAAUGGGUUCUGUUCAAUUUCGGGAGAUACUUGCUCACUAGUAGUGCGCGAGGAAUUUUGCCUGCGAACUUGCAAGGUAAAUGGGCAGAUGGACAGUCCAAUUCUUGGGGUGCAGAUUAUCAUGCAAAUAUCAAUCUUCAGAUGAACUACUGGUUUGCUGAAAUGGCAAAUUUGAAUGUUACGCAGUCGCUUUUUGACUAUAUGGAGAAAACCUGGGCGCCACGAGGAGCCGAAACAGCCCUGAUUUUGUAUAACAUCAGCCAAGGCUGGGUUACUCAUGACGAAAUGAAUAUAUUCGGACACACGGGAAUGAAGCUGGAAGGUAAUUCUGCACAAUGGGCUGACUACCCAGAAUCUAAUGCCUGGAUGAUGAUACAUGCAUGGGAUCAUUUCGAUUAUACCAAUGAUGUUGAGUGGUGGAAAGCUCAAGGGUGGCCUUUGGUGAAAGCUGUUGCAAGCUUUCACCUGGAGAAGUUGAUCCCUGAUCUUCACUUCAACGAUGGUACCCUCGUUACGGCACCUUGUAACUCACCUGAACAGGUACCCAUCACAUUUGGGUGCGCGCAUGCUCAACAGCUGAUCUGGCAACUCUUCAAUGCGGUAGAGAAGGGAUACGAAGCUGCGGGCGAUACUGACACUGCCUUUAUCCAAGCCAUUGCUGCAAAACGAGAGCAAAUGGACAAGGGCCUUCGUAACUACGUUUCAGAAUGGAAGAUGGACAUGGACCAGCCGAAUGAUACCCACAGGCAUCUUUCCCAUCUCAUCGGCCUAUACCCUGGCUACGCUAUUUCAUCGUAUUCUCCGGAAUUACAGGGAGGACUUACCUACAACAAUACCUUCUUGAACUAUACGAAAGAGCAAAUAUUGGACGCGGCGACAAUCAGCUUGAUACACAGAGGUAAUGGUACAGGGCCAGACGCGGAUGCGGGCUGGGAGAAGGUAUGGAGAGCUGCAUGUUGGGCGCAGCUAGGGAAUGAGACGGAGUUCUACAGGGAGCUUACUUAUGCCAUAGAAAGGAACUUUGCACCUAACUUGUUCGAUCUGUAUAGCCCAGGUACUCUUCCAUUCCAGAUCGACGCGAAUUUUGGAUACCCUGCUGCAGUUCUAAACGCGCUUCUCCAGGCGCCCGACGUAGCUAGCCUUGACAUCCCGCUACAAGUCACCCUUUUACCUGCGCUACCUCUGACCUGGUCCUCAGGUGAGAUAAAAGGUGCGCGUAUUCGCGGGGGGAUAACCUUAGACCUGCAAUGGAGUGGAGGGAAACCUACCUCAGCGGUAUUUACUGUUGACAGUAGCGUGGCUGGAAGACAGAGGGAUGUUGUAGUCAAUUAUGCUGGAAAGGUUGUCGGAGAGUUUACAUCGAACCCUGGAACGGCGAAGACGGUCACUUUCUGA